AUGACACCUCCGAACUUUGCUUUGUAUUUCACAUGUCUGUUUGUGGCGAAUAUGGCUCACAUGACAACUUCCAAACCAUCUUCAUUACAUUUUUACUCACCUAAUGUUGGGGAAAGUGUGACUAUGUCAUGCGUCUGUGACAAUGAUGCAAUGGCGAUGAUGUAUCACUGGUAUAAGCAAACUCUGGGACAGAAACCACAGCUGAUGUCUACGUUCUAUAGGCAUAAUGAUAUUGGAACCUUUCAAGAUGAAUUCAACAACAAUCCACGUUUCUCACUGGACAAAGUAAAUGAUAAAUAUCACUUGAAGAUUUCAGAUCUGCAAAUUUCGGACUCCGCAACUUACUACUGCGUAGGGAGCAACUUAUAUGACUUUGAAUUUUGUGAGGGCAAUACAGUCAGCGUAAAAGGUUCAGGUUUAAACGUCCCAGCUAUGGUCCAUCAGUCUUCAUCUGAGAGCAUCCAGCCAGGAGGCUCUGUGACUCUGGACUGCACAGUACACACUGGGACCUGUGAUGGAGAACACAGUGUUUACUGGUUCAAGAACUCAGAAGAAUCUCAGCCAGGACUCAUUUACACCCAUGGAGGCAGGACUGAUCAGUGUGAGAGGAAACCCAACACACAAACACACACCUGUGUCUACAACCUGCCGAUGAAGAGUCUGAAUCUUUCUCAUGAGACCUACUACUGUGCUGUUGCCUCAUGUGGACACAUUCUGUUUGGAGACGGGACCAAGCUGGACUUAGAAGAUGAGGUGGACUCUCCUGUCUGGGUUUAUUUCUUGAGUGCAGCUUUAGCAUUCACCACCAUCCUGAGUGUUUUACUGGCUUUCUCAGUGUACAAGGUGAACAAAAGAAGCUGCCAAUGUACAGAAUGCAAUGUCACAUUUUCAGCGACUUCUACUCCGAACAUAGCGUUACGCGAAGACGCAGACAACCUUCAUUACGCUGCUUUAAGGGAUCACAGCGGCAACACAUCAAGAAGACAGAGGGAGAGCACCAUGACUGAAUGUGUGUACUCCAGUGUAAAGCAGUAGAGCUGGAUACGUGUCUGUACUUUGUUUCUGUGUACCAACACAUUUGACAAAAGGGUCAUUUGA